UCGCGCGUUUAUGACGUAGCACUGGCGCCUUCAGAGCAAGAUGGCGGCGUCCUUUAGAAUUCUCAUGCGAACACUUCAUUGCCCGGCUCAAAAUGUCAAGUCUGUGUGUAGAACCCGAGUCAGAAGUUCACUUUAUUCGGCAGAAGUGUCAAUAUGUCGAAGCUACGCAGGAGUUUCGGAUGGAAAAAGCGUCCAUUUUGGUUUCGAGACGGUGACAGAAGAGGAGAAAGCAGAAAGAGUGUAUAAGGUGUUUGAAAGCGUUGCUCAGAAGUAUGACGUGAUGAACGACGCGAUGAGUCUGGGUAUCCAUCGGCUGUGGAAGGACGCGCUGCUGCGUGCGAUGAAUCCUCAGCCUGGGUUACGCCUGCUCGACACAGCCGGAGGCACCGGUGACAUCUCGUUCCGUUUCCUGAAUUACACACGUUCGGUGCGUGAGAGGCAGCUGCGUCAGAGAGCGCGGGCCAAUCAGACACCUUCCUGGCAGGACAUCUCCAGGAGUUACGGCUCAGAGAGGGAGGAGCUUCCAGAAACCCGAGCGGUGGUGUGUGACAUCAAUAAAGAAAUGCUGAAGGUGGGGAAAGAGCGGGCGGAGAACGCAGGGAUCACCACAGGUUUGUCAUUUGUAGUGGGUGACGCCGAGGAGCUUCCAUUCGACAAUGAUCGGUUUGACGUUUACACCAUCGCAUUCGGCAUCCGGAACGUCACUCACAUCGAGCAGGCUCUGCAGGAAGCUCUGCGUGUGCUUAAACCAGGUGGGCGCUUCAUGUGUCUAGAGUUCAGCAAAGUGUCCAACCCUCUUCUGUCCAGGCUCUAUGAUGCCUACAGUUUCCAGAUGAUUCCAGUUCUAGGUGAGGUGAUUGCAGGAGACUGGAAGUCGUAUCAGUAUCUGGUGGAGAGCAUACGCAAGUUUCCGGAUCAGGAAACAUUUAAAGAAAUGAUCGAGGACACUGGUUUCUUCCGAGUGCAGUACACUAAUCUCAGUGGAGGAAUCGUCGCUCUUCAUUCAGGGUUCAAGCUUUGACGGAUGUCUCAAACACACACGCACUUACAGAUGGAGCAGGCAAUGUACACACAUGGAAGAGGAGACAAGUUGAUGAUGUAUGAGAGAAAAACUCAUUGCAUUCUGUGUUGAGAAGUUCUGCAGAUGUAACGGACACAACGCUACGUAGCUGUGUGCAACCUCGUAAUACAGAGGCUCCACUGAAAUCAGGAUUAUUCAUGUGUCAUGUUUAAAGGACUAAUUUGGCCAAAGGUGAAAGAGCAGUGCAGCAGAGCUUUGAGGCUGAUUAAUACUUCUGUGAAUGCAUGUCUGUGAGCACUUCAGGGUGUUGUGUGCAGGUGCUCGUAUAGGUUGAAGUCUUCAUUCUCAAGUAACGCGAGCAUGUCCACUGGGGAGCAGUGUCGCAUGAGCUACACCGGAAUUUAAAGAAAAAAGCCUUUCCGUGUUUCACUGUCAGAAUAAUAAAUAGAAGGCAAUAUGUUGUUGAAGAAAGAAAGAAACCGUGCAUCUUCAUUUUCAGUUUAUUCGCUUUAGGAUUCGAUUUUUUUUUUUUUUUUAUUGUGUUGCUAUGGCUUGCAUAAAAGAAAGUAAUGCAGGGUUUAAAUUGGCUCCGUUAGGUAUAAAGUCUCACGCUUUUUAAAUUCACGUCACAAAUUCAUGUUUGUGGUUUUCAUGCUACAAGCCGGUGGACGUCAUAAAUAGUCAAACCUUCCUGUUUAUCAUACAGAGAUGUUACUCACACGUUCACUUUCAUGGUCUCAAGGCCCAUUUAAGGACAUUCACGUUAGUGCAGUAUCUCAAAUAUUAGUGUGUGAAUUGUAGGAUUUGUCUGGAGUUAUCCUUGUUAACACCAGGUGAACUCAAAAAAUAAAUAAAUCCAUCACACAAUAAUGUUAUCGGCAUGUAUCGCCAUGUUUGACCCGAACAUGAGAUGCAGGAGGAAAACCUGAUAAAACGGCUCGUGCUGUUUAAUGAUAGCUGUCGAUAUGAGAGUUUUAUCAUAAAGGAGAUAUUUUAAUAAAGAUAACGUUUAUGUGA